GGGAAGAACUGGAGGUACCGAUCUCACACAACGGCAUAGAGGGGUUGGCGCGGCCCGACGAAUUGGAAGUAAGUGAUGACGAGAGUGAAGAUACCUUCGACGAGUUGGAGUAUGAGAGCGAGGACGUAGAAGAGGAGGAAGGGUAUUAUACAGGGGAACGGUCCGAGGAGGAAGAAACGAUGGACAAAGGGAUUCCGAGCCCAGCGGUAUAUCUGACCGUCCUAGAGGAGAUACCAACGUUGGAGGACGACGAGGAGUAUAAGGACGAGAAACCGAGGGAGAAACGGGAAAGUAGCGCCACCGGCGGGGAGGCAAGAAGUCGAGAUGAAGAGUCUGACUUACCUGGACCGCUGAACGAGGACUUAACUUAUCAGAACGACGCGGAGGGCGCCACUAAUCUUGAUUCGCUCAACCACCACCAAUGUGGUGGAGUGGGAUCUGAUGAUACCAUCCGCCCUAUUUGUGUAUUGAACGGCGUGGCAAGAGACGACGAAGAUGACGCCAUUCUAUCUAGUCUACGGGAGGAAAGCGCGAACCCCGAUUCAUCACCAGGAAAGCAGCGAGCAAUUAGAGGGGAUGAUACUACAGUGGCAAAGUUAAAAACCCGACAUAACCGGAAGCUCCGAAUCGAAAGAAGUUUUGCUAUAGGGGACAAAAUAUUAAUGUAUAAGGUGUCCCAGGAGAAUUCGCGGAGCA